UCCUCCUUCUCCUCCGCCUUCUCCUCCGCCUCCUCCGCCCUCCCCCCUGCCCCUCCUCCCGCCGGAGCGAGCGAGCGAGAUGGCGGCCGCUGGGGCUCUGGCGAAGCACGAGCAGAUCCUGGUGCUCGAUCCGCCCACCGACCUCAAAUUCAAAGGUCCCUUUACAGAUGUAGUAACUACAAAUCUUAAACUACGAAAUCCAUCAGAUAGAAAAGUAUGCUUCAAAGUGAAGACCACAGCACCUCGUCGAUACUGCGUGAGGCCAAACAGUGGAAUUAUUGACCCAGGAUCAUCUGUAAUUGUUUCAGUAAUGCUGCAGCCUUUUGACUAUGACCCAAAUGAGAAGAGUAAACACAAGUUUAUGGUACAAACAACCUAUGCACCACCAAAUAUUACAGAUAUGGAGGCAGUGUGGAAAGAAGCGAAACCUGAUGAGUUGAUGGACUCCAAAUUGAGAUGUGUGUUUGAAAUGCCCAACGAAAAUGAUAAACUGAAUGAUAUAGAUGCAAGCAAAUCCACCCCAGUACUGAACACAUCUAAGCAGGAUGGACCGAUGCCAAAACCACAUAGUGUUUCACUUAAUGACACUGAAACAAGGAAGCUGGUGGAGGAGUGCAAAAGACUUCAGGCAGAGAUUAUGAAGCUGACAGAUGAAAAUCGGCACCUGAGAGAUGAAGGCUUGAGGCUCAGAAAGGUAGCGCACUCGGAUAAAUCUGGAUCACCUGCAGCUUUGGCCCUCAGAGAUAACGGCUCUAAUUCUCUUCCUUCACUUCUUGUUGUGAUUGCAGCCAUUUUCAUUGGAUUCUUUCUAGGGAAGUUCAUCUUGUAGAAAGAAUGAGUGAGAGAAGCAUGCAAAACUGCAGCUUCCUUUUUUUUUUUUUUUUUUGUUUUUAUUUUGUUUUCUCUUGGCCAGAAAAAGGUUUGUUUACCUACCACAUCAUGGGUAGUAUGGCCCGAGCGGCCGUUCUUGUGUACAGCAUCAUAACAGGCUUUGCCUUUAAUGAUCUUGCACGGUUAGAAAACACAAUCUGAAAAGACAAACUGUUCAGCUGCUGGACAAAAUUGUACAUUCAGUCAUCAAUAGCAGGUAUCAGUUGCACAGUCAGUCCUUUAUGAAAAUUCAUAAAUAAAGAAUUGUUCUUUCUUUCUGUGGUUUUAAUAAGAAUUCAAAAAUUGUUCAGAGUCUUGUAAAUGUUAUUUUAAUAAUCCUUUAAAAUUUUAUCUGUUGCUGUUACCUCUUGACAAAUGAUUUAUUAGAUUGCUAAUCCCACUCAUUCAGGAAUAUGACAAGAGGUAUUCUGGGGGAAAUGGUGCCUCUUACUGUGUAAAUUUUCUCCUUACCUUACUUUGCUAAUAUCAUGGCAGAAUUUCUUUCUUAUUCCUUGUGAGGCAUUGUUGAGAGUUCUUCAUCCUUAACAGUCCUGUCCCAUAAUAUUUAACAUGACAAAAGAAAUAAAAUUGUUAACAGAU